GUGUGGGUCCCUGUGUCCAACAUCCUGACUGUCAUCAUCCUGUCCCAGCUGGUGCUGCGGCGUCAGAAGUCCUCCUACAACUACCUCUUGGCCUUGGCGGCCGCCGACAUCCUGGUCCUGCUGCUCAUCGUGUUUGUGGACUUCCUGCUGGAGGACUUUGUCCUGGGCGCGCCGCUGCCCCUGUACCUCAACAAGGCGGUGCAGGUCCUGGAGUUCUCCUCCAUCCACACCUCCAUCUGGAUCACGGUGCCGCUCACCGUCGACCGCUACAUCGCCGUGUGCCACCCGCUGCGCUACCACAGCGUCUCCUACCCGGCUCGCACGCGCCGCGUCAUCACCGCCGUCUACCUGGGCUGCCUACUGUCGGCCGCGCCUUACUACUGGUGGCCCGAGCUGUGGCACGGGCUGCCGGGGGUCGGGAGCGACGGCAAGAGUCCCGGGGGAGGGGGCGGAGGGGGCGGAGAGAGCAGCGUGGCGCAGCACGUGCUGGUGUGGGCGCACUGCGCCACGGUCUACCUCCUGCCGUGCGCCGUCUUCUUCUCCCUCAACGCCGUCAUCGUCCGCAAGCUGCGCCGGCGCCGCAACUGCUUCCGGCUGCGCGGCUACUCCACGGGCAAGACCACAGCCAUCCUGCUGGCCAUCACGUCGGUGUUUGCCGUGCUGUGGGCGCCGCGCACCCUCAUGAUCCUCUACCACUUCUACUCGGCCCCUCCGACGGCCGACGGGCCGGCCCGCCUGCUGCACCUGCUCACCGACGUGGCCAACAUGUUGGCCCUGCUCAACACGGGCGUCAACUUCUUCCUCUACUGCUUCAUCAGCAAGCGCUUCCGGAGCAUGGCGGCGAGCGUGCUGCGGGCGCUGUUCCGCUGCAGGAAGCAGCCGCCGCCGUUCUACGCCGGUCACAACUUCUCCAUCACCAGCAGCCCCUGGAUCUCCCCUGCCAACUCACACUGCAUCAAGAUGCUGGUGUACCAGUACGAUAAGAACGGCAAACCCGUCUGUAUCUCGCCCUGA